AAUAUCAACAAAUUAAACCAUGUUGUCUCGAGUUGUAAGAAACAAAGCUGCCAUUAGAGCAUUUCAGAUCAAUAUCAUGAGGUUCAAGACCACAAUUGCCUUGUCCUCGACUACUUCGAGUUACCCCACCACUCAUGUCAAAGAUCAACCAUAUGACACUCCUAGUUUUGUCAAUAACGAAUUCAUCAAGUCAGAAUCAUCCGAAUGGUUUGAUAUCCAUGAUCCAGCCACCAACAAUGUCGUGUCGCGUGUUCCACAAUCCACUCCGCAAGAGUUGGAAGAAGCAAUUGCUUCUGCCCACAAUGCUUUUCCACUGUGGAGAGACACCAGUGUGAUUAAACGUCAAGGGAUUGCAUUUAAGUUUGUGCAAUUGUUGAAAGAGAAUAUGGAUAGAAUUGCCUCAGUCAUUGUUUUGGAACAGGGGAAAACCUUUGUUGAUGCUCAAGGAGAUGUCACUCGUGGGUUGCAAGUUGCUGAAGCCGCAUGUAAUAUCACCAAUGAUUUAAAAGGUGAAACUUUGGAAGUUUCAACCGAUAUGGAAACCAAGAUGAUUAGAGAACCAUUGGGGGUAGUUGGAUCCAUUUGUCCAUUUAAUUUCCCAGCCAUGGUUCCAUUAUGGUCAUUACCUUUGAUUUUGGUUACCGGUAAUACUGCAGUUAUUAAGCCAUCAGAAAGAGUUCCUGGUGCUGCCAUGAUCAUUUGUGAAUUGGCUGCAAAAGCUGGCGUUCCUCCUGGUGUUCUUAAUGUAGUUCACGGAAAACACGAUACCGUUAACAAGUUGAUUGAAGACCCAAGAAUUAAAGCAUUAACUUUUGUUGGUGGUGAUAAGGCCGGUAAGUACAUUUACGAAAAAGGUACUUCAUUAGGAAAGCGUGUACAAGCCAAUUUGGGGGCCAAGAACCAUUUGGUGGUUUUACCAGAUGCUAACAAGCAACAAUUUGUCAAUGCCAUUAACGGGGCUGCAUUUGGAGCUGCUGGUCAAAGAUGUAUGGCAAUUUCUGUAUUGGUUACUGUUGGUAAGACCAGGGAAUGGAUUGACGAUAUUGUCAAGGAUGCUAAACAAUUAGUUACUGGUAGUGGAUUUGAUCCAAAAAGUGAUUUGGGACCAUUAAUUAACCCCCUGUCUUUAACCAAAGCCGAAUCUAUUAUUGAAGAUUCCAUUAAAGCUGGUGCCAAGAUUGUUUUAGAUGGUAGAGGUUACAGACCCAAGGACUCCCAAUUCGCCAAUGGUAAUUUCUUGGCCCCUACUAUUUUAACUGGAGUCAAGCCAGGAAUGAGAGCUUAUGACGAAGAAAUCUUUGCACCUGUAUUAUCUGUUAUCAAUGUUGACACUAUUGAUGAGGCUAUUGAAAUAAUUAAUACCAACAAGUACGGUAACGGUACUUCGUUGUUCACUAAUAACGGAGGUUCAGCUCAAUACUUCACCAAGAGAAUUGACGUUGGUCAAGUUGGUAUCAAUGUUCCUAUUCCAGUUCCAUUACCAAUGUUUUCGUUCACAGGAUCCAGAGGCUCUUUCUUGGGUGACUUGAACUUUUAUGGUAAGGCUGGAAUUACAUUCUUGACUAAGCCAAAGACUAUUACUUCUUUAUGGAAGAGUAAUUUGGUUGAUGAAGAAAUCUUAAAACCUUCUACUUCUAUGCCUGUUCAACAAUAGAGUAUUUAGUAAUAAAAUAUUUAUUAAUAGUUGC